AUGAACUUCUGGUACCGUCUAGUCGUUGAGCUUGGGACGAAGAGUGAAGCUACGGAAGCUCGCGAAUUUUGGAACGGUGGGAAAGAUAUUCUUCCAGAGUCAGGAAAGCGUGAAACAGGACGUAAUCAAGUGACAAGUCAGGACUGGAGGACCGGUGAAAUAGAGUUGGUCAAUAUACAUAUGACUGCUAUCGAUGGCGGUCUAAUAGAGGCUGGAUUUGUGGGGUCGGGGAUUGUACAUCUUUUCAGAUCAGGUCAAGGCAGGAAUUUACCCGAAAGCCAAGAAGGACUUUUCCGAGUACCCGGCGACAAUACAACAAUUGGAGUCUUAUUUGUUCCGAGCUACCUCACUGCACGCGACAUGUUGUUUUCAUUUCUCGGCGAAACUGUCAUAAAUCAAGCCUCGCAUUUUCGGAUCAUACGCAGCAGUGAUGAUUUCAUACUACUGAUUAAGUUUCGUACCCCAGAGUUUGCAAAACGCUUUAAGGAACAAUUUGACGGUCACACUUUUAAUAAAAUGGACCCAGGGACUUGUCAUGUUCUCCAAAUUCAAGAGAUUGUUUUCCAAGAUCACCUUUUCCCUACUUCUCAAUCGAAAGGAUCCGUUUUCCCCAUGAGGGAUCCUUUCACUUCGCAUGACAAACAAGAGGUAGAACUUCCAACAUGUCCGGUAUGUUUGGAGAGACUCGACUCCGAAGUUACAGGGCUCGCUACCAUUCCCUGUCAGCAUACGUUCCAUUGCAAGUGUUUAAACAAAUGGAAGGACAGCAGAUGUCCUGUGUGUCGGUACUCAGAGCUGAAGGUUACUAAAAGCUCUCUGAUGCGUCAAGCUGCCCGGUGUAGCUCGUGUGGCUCGAACGAGAAUUUAUGGAUCUGUCUGAUAUGUGGCAAUAUCGGGUGCGGGCGCUACAAUUUUAAACACGGUGUUCAGCACUUCACCGAUACGGGACAUUUCUUUGCAAUGGAAGUGGCAACGCAGCGUGUAUGGGAUUACGCUGGUGACAAUUAUGUGCAUAGGCUUGUUCAAAAUGAAGUCGAUGGAAAGCUUGUCGAAGUGGGCUCUUCGACAUCUCAAGAUCCAUAUGUUAAGCGCAACAAGGAGUAUCAUUUGGAAUAUGUACAAGUAUUAUUGUCGCAGCUGGAAUCACAGCGCGAAUUUUACGAGAUCAAGCUGCGACAAGUCUCCGAGGAACCACAAUUGGAGCGUACCUCAGAAAGCUUAACUUCUUUGCGCAAUUUGCAACAACAGGUACAAGACUUAAAGUUGAGCGCUGGACAAUCGCGGAUAAAGGCUGAACAAAAGAUGGCGAAAAUGCAAAAGCAGCUAGAAGAAGAGAAACUACUUUCAGAAGCACUAGAGGAAAAUUUGGUUCAACUGAAAAAGGCUAAAGAGGACUUACAGAGCCAUUUGCAACAGAAUGAUGCCGAGAAGGAAGAUUUGCAGGAACAAGUCAAAGACUUAAUGUUCUUCUUAGACUCACAAGAGAAGUUGAAAGAUGCAGAUGAGAACGUUAAACAAGGAACUCUGGUGAUGAAAGCUAAAAAGAAUUCCAAAAAGCGGAAAUAA